CAAGGUAACUCCAUGUAGCAGAGGAGCCAGGUGUCAGCAAUCAACAAAUUGCUGCCUGAUUCAUAUAAAAGCAAUGUUCUGUGCUUCAGUUUGUAGUUGCUGUCUCAACAGGAAGGAAGUGCAGAAUACUGACUAAGAUGUCUGGCCGUGGGAAGAAAGCUGUGCCCAAACCAAAGUCUUCAGUGUCCCGGUCUUCCAGAGCAGGGCUCGCUUUCCCAGUGGGCCGCAUCCACAGGCUGCUGAAGAAAGGUCAUUAUGCCCGCCGAGUUGGCAACGGUGCUGCAGUGUACUUCACAGCUGUCCUUGAGUAUCUCUGCGCUGAAAUCCUGGAGCUGGCAGGAAAUGCCUGCCGUGACAACAAGAAGCACCGCAUCAAUCCUCGCCACAUCUUGUUGGCAGUGAAAAAUGACGAAGAAAUCAACAAACUGCUGGCAGGGGUCACGAUCUCGGAGGGUGGUGUUAUCCCAAAUAUCCAGGCAACCCUUCUCCCCAAGAAGUCAAGGAUGCCCAAGGAUGACCAUUCAGCUGAAGGUGUUCUGUCUCAAGAGUUUUAAUUGUUAAUGUGCAAGUUUUCCUAAAUUUAAUUUUUUUUUUGUGUGUAAAAUGUCCUUUUGAGAAGCUGGACAGAAACGCAUCCAUCCAUUCUUCCCAAGGACGACCUGCUGGGAAGGUCCCAGCUUAAUUUGUCUUCCCGCUGCUCUGCGAUUGGCUCUCUGCCAUGUUUUAAAGUGAAUCCGAACAGUCAAAUUGUCUUUCUCUCCAAUCUCUCACUGUCAGUACAUGGGGGCGAAGGCAAAUGGUACAAAGGAUGAAGUUGGUUGGCUUCAAAUUUGCAAUUGAGGUUAUUGGUAAUGACAGCGCCUCCAGUCAUGGCAUCAAAGCAACAA